AUGAUGGAAUUAAAGUUGAAAACUCAUCGGAAAUUUAUGAUUGUUGACUUUCGCGACUCAAAUGGUCAUGCUGACCUCUGGACUGCCAGUAAAAGCAACAAGACUUUCCAAGAAUAUUACUUAUCACAGUUGGAAUAUUCCUUAUGUCACGUCGAUUUGAAGCCGGAUAAAAGUACAGGGGCGAUCGAAAUUUUUUAUCGGUCUGAUCCGUGCCGUCGUCACAGGCUCCUCUCAGAUGGUGGAUACAUUGGAAUAAAAGUGAAAAUUUCUGCCAAGGGCAUCGCAGCCCAGGGCCUCACAGCCGGUCUCUCCUUUGAAAGCGAAAUCUCAUUCCACAAACUGACCAUCCGUUACUCCGAUUCAAAGCUUGGCGUUGGUCUUCUGCUAUUUUCAGAUCUCAGCCUCUCACCUGCCGGUGAUUUUCUUGAGACUACUCGUUUGGUGCAGCCACCGUCGCCUUCAAAGAGAGAAGGCGCGAAAUUCCUGAUCCCAGACGGUGCAUUCACAACACUCCUCGAGUCUUCACUCAAUCGCACUCCUGUCCUCUUUCACGCAAGUUCCCUGGCCCACUUGAAGCCGGGGGAAAAGAGUAGCACACCUGUCCUCGUAUUGGCAGGUCCACGCUUUCCCAUUUUAAAGUCGAAACAGCGACAUCGAUUGCGUCACUCUCUGGCCAAGGCACUCUAUGGUGAGGCCUUCAGCCAGCAAUUUCAGAAAAGUCGCCAUGGCGGUUGGUCUAAAAGCCCUAUCGGAAUCCGCAUGCAGCACUUCAGUUUCUCUGUGCCUGGCCAGCAGAUGGCAGACAAUACAGCGUGGUCGGUGACCUUGACAAUGGAAGGGAAGGAGAAGCCCGAGGUCUUGGCAGCAACGCAGUCGAACCAAUCAACACAGGCUCUUUAUCAUUGGGGCCUCUUCUUGCUCAAGUGGCUGUCGUCGUUUCCAAUGUAG